UAUUAAAGAGGGUUAAAACUUAAACAUCCUCUGGACGAUACCAAAAACAAACAAGUUCUUUUGAAAAUCAAAAAAAAAAAAAAAAAUGGCGAAGCGAUCUAGGGUUAUCACCAUGUCUCCUCUUGUUCUCGACAAGGAAGACGAUCUCGAUCUUUGGGAAGUCGUGAAUCCCUCCGAUGGCGAGUUCUCCGACGAUUCUUUCUCCGUCGAUAGUCUUUCCGAUGAUGACGUCAUCUCUCUUGACGACGACGAAGACGAAGUUUCCGUUGUCUCGCUGUCUGUCAUUACUCAGACGCUUCCUGUUGCCGACGCCGUGGAUCUGGAUUCAGACGACGGUGAUGUUGUUGGUGAUCAUGGCGAUGAUGAUGAUGUCGUUCGCGAUGAAGUUGAUGAUAUCGUCGAUCUUGGAUGGGCUCAACGGCAGAUACUGUUUCUCGGUGACGUUGGAGGUUCUCGCGGAGUCACGUACGGAGAUUGUUUUAGUGACGACAGCGGAGAUAGUUUUAAUGACGACAGCGGAGAAGAAGAGGAUCGCGGUGGUGAAUAUGGAGAUUACGACGAUUCGUAUGAUCUUGAGGAAGAGUUGGUUCUGCGUAGCGUGAAUAAGAAGGUUGGGAGACAGAGGAUGAGGAAAUUGGGGAAAAGAGCAAUCGCGAAGGUAGCAUCGAAGAAGAUGACUCCUUAUUCUCACUUGAAGUAUGGAUGCGUUCGUCGUGGUAAGCAUGGUCUCGGCAUGAAAUUCAAGUGCUGAUCUGUUUGUUAGAUCUCGCCAUGGAUGGACAUGGAUUCUUCAAGAACUCGUUAGAGAAUUUCUCAAUUUCCUGGGUUUUAAUUGAUGUGUAAAUUUGCUUAGUUCAAUUUCAAAAUUCCUCGUUUCGGUAAUUCGGAUGAUGUUUCUGAAGAUGGCAUUGUAUAUAACUCUCUCGCACUAGGAUUUCAAGAAUUUCUCCGUUAUUCAACUGAUUCGUUCUCUUUGUGAUCGUGAUUCGUUUCUUUAAUGGAGUUUAUCAGAUCAGAUUGUGGUUA